GUGGUCCUUAUGCAUUACACUGUUGCUCGCGUUCCUCGUAUCCUGUAUGCUAUUGCUGGAUUCGCAGAGACACUAUGUGGUUCUCGUUGAAAACCGGAGAACCCAGAACCCGGCUCUUGCCGAUCCCGGAAUAUUCGCUGUGGACCCCGGAUCUGUGCAGCAGCAGUAUAAGAGUUCUCCGCAACCCUGUGCGCCGGACACGUUCCUCGUGGUCGCGGUGAUCACGGCGCCGCGGAACGCCGGCGUCCGGGCCAUGAUCCGGCGCACCUGGGGGUCCCUGGCCGGAGCGGCGUGCCGCACCCGUCUGUUGUUCAUGCUGGGACGGGUGCAUUCCCACAGCACGCAACAGCAUCUGGACGAAGAAGCCCGGGAGCAUGGUGACCUUUUGCAAUCCAACCAGUUCGAUGAUACCUUCCGCAGUUCGACAAUCAAGGCAAUGCGCCAAAGUGCGCUAGCAAGAAGUGGUAUUAAAGACCUUACAGAAAGCGAAAGGUUUCGUGGAUGUACCCGAACUUGGUACCAUGUAACACUUCAGACGCUGCACAUGUACCAGUGGUGCGCGGCCUACUGCCCGUCCUCCACGUUCGUGGCCCGGGUGGAUGACGAUGCGUAUCUCAACAUUCCCAAACUGUACGACACCCUGAAGAACCAAUCGCCUGAUGCGUUCUACGGACAUGUGUACGCGCAGGAGAUCCUCAACGAUGCGUGGUUCCCGCAGCGGAACCCCAAUGGGAAGUACUAUUCGCCGCGGGAAGAGUACCGCCAGGACCGGUAUCCCGUGUACAUUUGGGGAUUCUUGAUAAUCGCGCCGACACGGUUAUUGGGGAAGGUCUUAUACGCCAGCCUAGUUAUUCCUUAUAGUUUUCUUGACGAUGUCUACGUCACCGGAUUAGUGGCGAACUCCAGUGGGAUUCCGUUGCGGCAUAUCACCGGGAUAACGCAGAAGACGAAAACGAUGGCGGUAGCACAGUCGUGCUUAAAGGACAAGUAUACAGCCAUACACAAAAUGGGACAGAAGGAUCUUUUAGGGGUGAAAAAACGCCGUGUACUGAUAUACUAUGCGGGAAUCGCUGUCGCGACAACACACCGGAUGACCAACCGGUCCGCAGUUGCGGGAGUGGGAAACGCUCUGGAGUCCAUGAGCGCCGAGCGGUUAUAGUGAUAUUCCGGAUACGUAUCUGUGUAUUACAUACAACACGGACACAUGUACAAACUACCUGUACUAUUCAACAGAUGAAAUUGCGCUUCCAGAUUAAUUGGCAGUCGAAACAUGCACGC